AUGAAUCGAAGAUCCAGAGCGUUUUCCCGAUCGUCCAAAUCUCACUCCGAGACGUUCCAUAAGUAUCUAAAGCCUGGUGCUCUAGCGCAAAUUCGGAAUUCCCGGAUGAUCGCUCGAUUCAAUCGCGUCAAUUUGGUAUCUCAGAUCUACUCCACUCGUUCCUCAUCGCUUUCGCCGCCGACUGCACCGAUCGACUCCGCUUUGCUUCAGGUGAACAUUGUUGAUGCUUCUCCUUGCUUUGCUGGGAGGGUGUACGGUCCACUCUGCUUGCAGAGGAAGAAACUUUUGGCUGCUAAGUCGUUGUGGUUUCUUAGUUCUAGUCCGACGAAUUUGACUCCUGAUUCUCCGCCUGAUCCGGUUAUUGAAGUGUUAGGGGGGUGA